CAGAGCUACAGUGCAGGGCAGGGCAGCAUGGUGCUCCACAGGGUGAUCCAGGCGGCUCGUGAGGGGGAUCUCCAAACUCUGAAAGUCCUGCAUCAGUCCGGCCUACUCAACUCAUCCAUCACCGACCCUCAGGGGGCCACGCCUGUCCACCACGCUGCCCGAUGCGGCCGUCUCGACUGCCUGCGCUUUUUAGUGAUGGAGGCCGGUCUCCAGGCCCACUGCCGAGCCAUGAACGGAGCCACGUCAGCCCACGACGCUGCGGCGACCGGACACACUCAGGAGCUGCGGUGGCUUCUGGAACAUGGAGACUGUGGAGACGAGGAUCAGGAUGGGGAAGGAGCUACAGCGCUCCACCUGGCCACGAGGUUCGGCCACGCCGAGGCAGUGCAGUGGCUGCUGUCUGCAGGGGGCAGCACUGAGGCAGAAACGGACUGUGGAGCACUACCUGUCCACUACGCUGCUGCCAGCGGACACCUCACCUGCCUCCAACUGCUUGUAUCAAACUCUCCAAGGUGCAUCGAUCGUCAGAUGAUCACUGGAGCCACACCCCUCUACCUGGCCUGUCAGGAGGGUCACCUGCAUGUGGUGGAGUACCUGGUGAAGGACUGUGGAGCAGAUGUUCACAUCCGAGCCCAAGAUGGCAUGAGUCCACUGCACGCUGCAGCACACAUGGGCCACUACGGCCUGGUGGUCUGGCUGGCUUCCUUCACAGAUAUAGACGUAUCCUGUCAGGAUCAGAACGGUGCCACUGCUCUGCACUUUGCUGCCAGUGAGGGUCACCACCGCAUCCUGGAGCGCCUGCUGCUGAUGGGGGCCAGAGUUGUGCGGGACGGCUGGGGCGGGACACCUCUGCACGAUGCGGCUGAGAACGGAGAACUGGAGUGCUGCAGAGUCCUCUUGGCAAACCAUGUCAGCCCACUGGAGAAGGACGUGGACGGCUUCAGUGCGGUUGACCUGGCGGAAUAUAACGGGCACGGAGACUGUGCCACACUCUUACGCUCUGCUCAGGAGACGUCAGACAGAACCCGUCCCCCAGAGGUGAUUCUCAUAGAAGAGGAAAGAACCCCCUUCCUGGACGUUACUGAUCGGUCCAGUGAUCAGAGCUCUACUGCUGUGAUGGAGAUCAGCAAGCCGGUGAAGGAGGUUCCUCCUCAGCCUCGUAUCUCCCCUGCAUGUCCUGACCUCUCCUCCGCCCACAGUUCCUUCACACUGUCCGCCAGAGCUGGAGCCAACUCCAUUCAGCACGUCCAGGUGGCAUCUGCAGUUGUGUCUUCGUUUAGCGGAAUGAAGCAGCUGGAGGAGAAUGAUGCACUGAUGUCUCAGAUGCGAUCCAUGAGGUCCUGGAAGCAUGCAGGAAUGACUGCGGUCUUCACUGGACACACAAAAGGAGAAAAUGAAUUGGUUGUUAUUCCAAUGGAGGAGGCGAGUCUUGCUGAUAUUGAUUCUCUGGUUCCCACUCAUGAUGAGCACGGGAAGCCUAUUGCUGAGUGGAAGAGGCAGGUGAUGGUGCGUAAGCUUCAGGCACGACUACAGGAUGAUGAGGGCCAGCAGCAAAAGGAUAACAGCGACAAAUGUAUGGAUGGCUGGAGAUACUCCAAGUUCCAUGAUGCUAUUCUGGGCCCGUUUGGCGAGUUGCUGACAGAGGAUGACCUGGUGUACCUGGAGGGCCAGAUUGAGACCGUAUCUCUUCAGAAGAAGUGCCAGGCCUACGAGCUGGAGUUAGCCCGCCUAGUCCAGGAGCUGCAAGCAAUCCUCCCAACCCCAAUCGUCAACAUUACUGUCAAUACUCGCCAGCUGCCGGAUUCUGUGGACUCUCUGGCGCUGCCUGUGUGGUGUAGCCGUAUCUCGGGCAUCGUGAAGAGCAUGAGCCUGCUUUUAAACAACGUUACUGAGAACAAUGGAGGAAAGGAGGACGGCAUCUGCAAAAUUCCCAACAAAGAACUGGCGUCUGUCUUCUCUGUGCAGCCGGAACGACAAAGCUCUGUCAAGGACAGGAGAGAAAAGGUGGAAAUGGAGAUUCAGAUGUCGGGCGUUUCUGUAAGAAAUCUAAGGUCGAAUUUUGAAGGUCAGAUGGGAAAGAUUUACCCUUUCUCUGGGUUUUCCAAUAACCCAUCCAAGUCCACAUCCAGCAAUAAGAUGCAGCCGAAGCAGUCAAACGAUUCCAAUUGCUCAGCGAGGGCCGUCAAUGUCCAAGACAGCAAUGUCUUCAACGGCAGCAGUGGAAACAACCAGCACACUAAUGGAAAGGAACCACCAAAAGUUAUGGAGACCACCAGCCUACGCAAAGAGCGAAUCGUCGUUCUGUUCCUAAGCCACUGGAAGAGGUCAGCCUACGCUAUCUCCAUGCGAGCCAAAAUGAGGCAAGAAAUGAUCGACACAGAUCGACAAAGAUCAGCAGAGAACUACCUGAAAAACCAUUCAGCAAUAACCCCAGUUUCCCCGCCAAAGAAGGGCUCCUUAUACCACCUUUAUAAGCAAAGAACAGCCAUCAACAAGAUGAUUCGCAACUGGAGGGCCAUCACCAUGGGAGUCCCCUCGCGCCAGAUCCGGAGCCUCCAGAGGAAACGGGUCACCUAUUCCCCAGAGCAGUUCUUACCACGAGUGGACGGUGCGCCGGUUCCGUACGACAGCCUGACCCUCGACCUCUUCAUGCUGGGAUACUUCCACAUCCUGGAGCAGGACCUUCCUCCUGAAGAGAGGAAGAUGAGGCACCUGCUCUGCUUCGAGGUGUUUGACCAUGUUGGAGCGUUCCCCUGGGAAACAGUGAGAGAUUUUCACCGAGCUGUGCUAAGAGACAUCGAAGCUGGGAAAAGGGACUGGAAAGACGGGUUUGAGGACGUCAAGAUUCAGUUCUUUGGUACGAAAGGGAACACUGCACUCUUAAAGCCUCAGAAGUUCUCUGAGGUUACGGCGAUUGAGAACAUGGCACAAAACGACAAAGUCCACAAGUCAGGAGGGAACAGGGACUUCUCCUGUUUCAAUAAUGAUGAAAUCUGUAAGUACAUCGAUCGCAGUUUUGCGUUCUGGAAGGAGAAGGAAGCUGAGUUGUUUGACUUUGAGCAUUAGUGUUCAGUGUUUGGUGUUGGUUGAUUUGGUUUUUGUAAGUAUAGUAGAUCCCAGUAGGCAUUAGUAGCAUUUGAGUGCAAAUGACCUGGUAGUUUGUAGCCUACUGAAACUCUGAGGGGCAAUGGGCCAAUCCAUGUUUCAUCAGUUUCAUCAAACCAGUUCCUAUACAUAACUGCCGAUCACAUACAUAUUCCAAUACAAGCUUCAGAUCUUUUAUAUUAAUAUUAUUACAAUAAUUAUUUUCCAUCCAGAAUCCGUCAAUUAAAGUACGUCAAUAUGAGACACGAUUGGGCUGAUAUAGGAUUGGAUUGAACCCACCUCUAGAAAGAAUAUCAUUUAGCAUCGACCUGAAGUCAGUGUAUGCUUGAACUAUUCUUCUACACUAGUCUGACCAGUUUAAACUGGCCAAACUGGUUCAAGCUUGGUGCCCAAUUUAGCUCUUGACCAACACAGGGUUUCUUUUGAAGUAAUCUAAAAGAAUGACCAACUCAACCAAGCUCAAUUUAACAGUUUAACUGGUCUCAUUUUCACCAUGACUGACCAUGGCUAUCUAGUUUUUCAAACUGACCUGAAUGACCAGCUUUUUAGUCACCUUGCCCAUCAAAGACCAACUUGGACCAUCAGAAACUAGCAUGUCUAAGCAUGUCUAAUAUGUAUUUUUCAGAGGGGUAUAAACGUACAGGGGUUGGACAAUGAAACUGAAGCACCUGUCAUUUUAGUG